AUGAUCUGUUUCUUUUGUAGGCAAAACCCAGAAACCACGUUUGAAGUGUAUGUUGAAGUGGCCUAUCCUAGGACAGGUGGCACUCUUUCAGAUCCUGAGGUGCAGAGGCAAUUCCCGGAGGACUACAGUGACCAGGAAGUUCUACAGACUUUGACCAAGUUUUGUUUCCCCUUCUGUGUGGACAGCCUCACAGUUAGCCAAGUUGGCCAGAACUUCACAUUCGUGCUCACUGACAUUGACAGCAAACAGAGAUUCGGGUUUUGCCGCUUAUCUUCAGGAGCGAAGAGUUGCUUCUGUAUCUUAAGCUAUCUCCCCUGGUUCGAGGUUUUUUAUAAACUACUUAACAUCUUGGCAGAUUACACGACAAAAAGACAGGAAAAUCAGUGGAUUGAGCUUCUUGAAACUCUGUACAAACUUCCAAUCCCUGACCCAGGAGUGUCUGUUCAUCUCAGCGUGCAUUCUUAUUUUACUGUGCCUGAUACCAGAGAACUUCCCAGCAUACCGGAGAAUAGAAAUCUGACAGAAUAUUUUGUGGCUGUGGAUGUAAACAACAUGUUGCAUCUGUAUGCCAGUAUGCUGUACGAACGCCGGAUCCUCAUCAUUUGCAGCAAACUCAGCACUCUGACCGCCUGCAUCCAUGGGGCCGCUGCGAUGCUCUACCCCAUGUACUGGCAGCACGUCUACAUCCCCGUGCUGCCCCCCCAUCUGCUGGACUACUGCUGCUGUGUGACCCGGGCGAGUUACCUAGUCUGUGUGAAACGCUUUGUACUCCUGGGACUUGGGGAUGAUUGUGCAGGCUCACAGAGCUGCUGUGAGAGUGGGAAAGUCAGAAACAUGGCACUGGAUGAUGUCGUGAUCCUGAACGUGGACACCAACACCCUGGAAACCCCCUUUGAUGACCUCCAGAGUCUCCCUAAUGAUGUGAUUUCUUCACUGAAGAACAGGUUGAAGAAAGUCUCCACAACCACUGGCGAUGGUGUGGCCAGAGCAUUCCUCAAGGCCCAGGCUGCUUUCUUCGGUAGCUACCGAAAUGCUCUGAAAAUUGAGCCGGAGGAACCCAUCACCUUCUGCGAGGAAGCCUUCGUGUCCCACUAUCGCUCCGGAGCCAUGAGGCAGUUCCUGCAGAAUGCUACGCAGCUGCAGCUCUUCAAACAGUUUAUUGAUGGUCGAUUAGACCUUCUCAAUUCUGGUGAAGGUUUCAGUGAUGUUUUUGAAGAGGAGAUCAACAUGGGCGAGUAUGCUGGUAGUGAUAAGCUGUACCACCAGUGGCUCUCCACAGUCCGGAAAGGAAGCGGAGCAAUUCUGAAUACUGUGAAAACAAAAGCAAACCCAGCCAUGAAGACUGUCUACAAGUUCGCAAAAGAUCAUGCAAAAAUGGGAAUAAAAGAAGUGAAAAACCGCUUGAAGCAAAAGGACAUCACGGAGAAUGGCUGUGCCCCCUCCAUGGAAGAGCAGCUGCCGAAGACUGCGCCAUCCCCACUGGUGGAGGCCAAGGACCCCAAGCUCCGAGAAGACCGGAGACCGAUCACUGUCCACUUUGGACAGGUGCGCCCACCCCGUCCACAUGUCAUUAAGAGACCGAAGAGCAACAUCACAGUGGAAGGCCGGAGGACAUCCGUCUCGAGCCCUGAGCAGCCACAGCCAUAUCGGACACUCAAGGAGUCAGACAGUGCAGGUGAUGAGGCGGAGAGUCCGGAGCAGCGAGUGAGGGAGCCCACGGGCUCUGUCCCAGCUCCACCUGACCGAGCUGCCAGCAUUGACCUCCUGGAAGAUGUCUUCAGCAGUCUGGACGUGGAUGCCCCACUGCAGCCACUGGGCCAGGCCAAGAGCCUGGAGGACCUUCGGGUGCCCAAAGACCUGAGGGAGCAGCCAGGGACCUUUGACUAUCAGAGGCUGGACCUCAGCGGAAGCGAGAAGAGCCGUGGGGUGACAGUGGCCUUGAAACUUGCCCACCCAUACAACAAGCUCUGGAGCCUGGGCCAGGACGACAUGGCCAUCCCCACCAAGCCCCCAGCCACCUCCCCUGAGAAGACCUCACCCGUGCUCUGGAACUCCCCAGCCCUGCCCUGCAGACCCCUGAACUCGGACAGCACUCUGAACCCACUCAGCAAGGAGGAGGCGCCCACCCCCACUUCAGGCAGCAUCACCAUUCCCCGGCCCCAGGGCAGGAAGACCCCGGAGCUGGGCAUCGUGCCUCCACCACCUACUGCCCGCCCAGCCAAGCUCCAGGCUGCCAGCGCUGCCCUCGGUGACUUCACCUCAGAGCGGCUGCAGACAGAUCAGGAAAGGCGAGCCGCCAUGAGCCCUGCCCUGUUCCCGGGGCUCCUCCCCAGUGCUGUCCCCCAAGGCCCCCCCGAACUGCUCCAGCCACUCAGCCCAGCCCCAGGGGCUGCGAGCACAGGCAGCGAUGCCCUGCUCGCCCUCCUGGACCCACUUAACACAGCCUGGUCAAGUAGCACCCUACCACCACGCCCUGCCACCCCAUUCACUCAGUUCAGCUUUCCCCCCGCAGGGACUCCUACCCAAUUCCCACAGCUACCACUCAACCCCUUCGUCCCAUCUGUGCCGGUGGCACCGCCCACCCUGCCCCUGGUCUCCACACCAGCCGGGCCUUUCGGGGCCCCGCCCACCUCCCUGGGGCCAGCUUUUGCACCCAGCCUGCUGCUGUCCACUUCCGGCUGCUGUGCCCCUCACAGAUCUCAGCCCAACCUGUCUGCCCUCUCCAUGCCCAACCUCUUUGGCCAGAUGCCCAUGGGCACCCACACCAGCCCUUUGCAGCCACUGGGCCCCCCAGCAGUCGCCCCUUCAAGGAUCCGAACGUUACCUCUGGCCCGCUCAAGUGCCAGGGCUGCUGAGGUCAAGCAGGGGCUGGCCCUGAGGCCUGGAGAACCCCCACGCCUGCCUCCCAGACCCCCCCAGGGCCCAGAGCCAGCACCAGAGCCCUCUUCUUCUCGUCAGGCUGGAGACCCCUUUGAAGAUUUGCUACGGAAGACCAAGCAAGACGUGAGCCCAGCCCCGGCCCCGGGCUCAGUGGAGCAGCUAAGGAAGCAGUGGGAGACCUUUGAGUGAGUCAGUCCCUGAGGGCUGGGGGUGAGCAAGGCCUGAGAGGUCCACCACUGUGGCUCCAAGGCUGGCUGGGCCUUUGCCUCCUCCCCCACUCUGUUUCUGCCCAGGUUGUGCUGGUGGGAAGGGAUGGGACCGACCUCUGCCACCUUCGCCUCCCCUCCACACUGCCCAUCUCUGAGGUCUGGGGAAUGGUACUGGCUCCAGCCUAGACCUCACACAGCUCCUGGGCUCCCAUCCCACCCCUCCUCAGCACCCAGUUGGGUUUUGCACUAAAGAGGUCAGCUGGGCCAAUGAUUGCCCCAGGCCAUGUCCUGCCCACCCUGUCUGGAGAUGUCCCUGCCCAAGCCCAGCUCUCCUGUCACUACCACCCUGCACACCCCACCUCAGCGAGCACAGGCGUCAGUGUUACCCUCUGUGUGAGUGGGUCUGUACUGGACACGGGUGGUUUGGGGUUUGAAGUAGGGACUCCUCCCUGGCUGGAGGAUCUACAUGGUAGGUCCUUUCCAAACUGUCUCUGGCAGUAGGCACGUUCUUUAUGAGUCUUCACCCUAACCCCCAAACUCCAGUCGUUUCUGGCAUGGUAGGAUCUGGGACUGAGAGAUCUUGGGAUCCCUUGUGAUAGCCAACCCAGCCCCUGCAGCCCUGAGUGGGGCAGGGAGCACCAGCAAUCCUGAUCUGUGCAAGAAAAACAGAAACCCGUGAACCAGAGUGUUCAGAGGAGUCCCCAGCCCUUGUCCAGCCCUCUGUCACUCCAAUAUCUCCAGGAUCUCCUGGUCUCUCCUGUCAACUGUCAAAGCAGGGGCUCAGCCUCUUGUCACUUGGGCUUUGUGGGCAGAGCUAAGAAGCAGUGACCCAGAUCCCAACUCUAAGGCCAAGCUUAAUGCCACAGACUGAUGUGGGAGUUGCCUGGGCUCCGUGUGUCAGAACCAGGCAGCGGCCCUUAGCCCCUUGUCCGGGCCCCGGUAGAGUAGACAGACUUGAAUUCUGUCCACUUGGUGGGGGGGAGCCAGCCCCUCUCCACCUGCCUGCAGCUUCUCCCCAGCACAGAAAUUCCUGAGGCCGCGUCACCAAAGUUAAAUUGAAAUGUUUUGUUAUUGUUUCUUUUAUCUUUCUUUUCCUUUUUUACCUUAUUGAUGAAUCCUGAAAUUGACUCAUUUCAAUAAACCAAGUUAAAACACCGCU